CCUAUCCACUCUAAUUUAUGAAAUUUAUUUUGUAAAGAUUGAAAUGUACGGAUAUUCCUUUAAUCAAUUGUUGGUUGCAGCAGGUGCAAUUCAUAAAUCUCUUCGAUAAAUGAUAUUAAAAGCAACUCUGCCGCAAAGCGAAAACAAUUUACUUUUGUUGCUUUCUGACAGCGUAUAUUUUUUAUUGUAUUGCAAAUCCUUCAACAUAGGCAGAAUUUUUAUUUUCUGGAGCGUUUAAAUAUAUUUUUAAAUAAUAUAAAUUGAGUAUAGUUGAAUACAAAUGGAUUUAGAUGACUUAGAUAUCUACGAAGAUUUGGAUACAUUCCAGCAAGAUGAAGAAAAGAAAACCGCAGAACUUCUUUCAUUGGAAGCAAAGUAUAAUGAUUCCCUGAAAACGAUUGAAACUUUGCAGUUGGAAAAUGCGGAUUUGAAAAAACAAAUAAGGCGAAUAGGUAUUAACUUUCAAAACUUGUUGGACACAGCAAAAGCAGAGAUCAAACGCAAGGACAAACAAAUCGAACAAUUACGCAAAGAGAAGGAUGAUAUCUGCUUCAGACGUAAGCAACCAAGAAGGGAAUAUACAGAUGUUGCAAGCACGUCGCAGAACACAAAUACUUGGAUUAAAAACGAAACAGUUUUACCUACAGCAAAUACUAAUGAAAAUGCGCAAAUAAGCAGCAAAAAUGUUGAAGCCAUAGACAAUGAACAUCCGAGUGCAACCUCGUACAUUUCACGCGGUCGUGAAAUUACACAUAUAACCGAUGACUAUAAACAAGAACGUCGCAAUGAAAGUUUGGAGCGUAAGUACAUUAGUGAUCCUCAGCGUGAAAAACACAACAGUAGCAAUAACCCGAGGGAACAGCAUGUAUCGAGAUACAAUGCGCGUGGUACGGAACGUGAGGGAAGUGUCCGAAGCGCCACAAUAGAAUCUAGACACAGUCAUGAUAGCAGAACAGCUGAACGGGGUCAUAGCAUUAAAAAUAAAACUUUUAAGAGUGAAACUGAAAAAGGAUCAUAUAACAUCACAGACAAUGACAGACGACAACAUUCCUAUGAUAGAUUGGGCGGCCGUUCCAGAUAUCACGGCAAAGAGGAAAAAACCAAGUAUGAAAGUUAUGAUGGUCGCCAUGACAGGCGGAGCGAUAGCAAAGAAGCAAGAACCAAGUCGGAAAGUUCUAACUUUCGUCACGACAGGCGGAGCGAUAGCAAAGACGCUAGAAUAAAGUCUGAAAGUUCUGACGUGCAUCAUGACAGGCGAAGUGACAGCAGAGAUGCAAGAAUCAAGUCUGAAAGUUCUGACGUGCGUCAUGACAGGCGAAGUGAUAGCAGAGAUCCAAGAAUCAAGUCUGAAAGUUCUGAUGUGCAUCAUGACAGGCGAAGUGAUAGCAAGAGACAUCACGAGGAUGGAAAUAAAAAAUCUAAUGAAGCGAAUGAGAAAUCGCGUGAUAAAGUUAUGAAUAUUAAUAGAAAUGAAAAUGUAACAUAUACAAAAAAUUCAGAUGGCCUUACACAAAGUAAAGAUAUUCAUGGGAAAACACUGAAUCCUUUUAAAGAAGGAAGAAGAGAAGAUAAAUUAAUUGAUACUCCCAAAUUUAGUGAAAAAACGCAUGAAGACACGAAGAAUAUGGAAAUAGGUCAGGAAGGUGAUUUUUUAGAUAAGCAUCUGCCAGCCUCCAAAGACUCACAAAGUCUUGAAAAAUUACUGGCAGAGCAAAAGCUAACCAAGGAAAAAUUAAUAGCGCUAGAAAAUGAGUUUUCUUGCAAAGAAGCGGAUAAAAAUGCAAAUCGCUUGUUGCCGGCAGACGGUAUGACAACGCCAAAGAAAACAACUUUGUUUGACGAACUUUUCGGCAACACACCCACCAAUGCGGGCGAUGUAGACAGUAAUGUGAUUGACUUUGAAAAGGAUAGCAGCAGUUCGGCAACAACCUCUCCGAGCAAUUAUACCGAUACCAGCGAGCCGACAAUAAUAUCUUCCACAAUCAAUAGUAAGAAGACAGCUACGAAUGACUAUUAUAUACCAAUAAAAAGAGAACAAAACAGACAAAAUAAAAAUGAUGUCAGUCUUGUGGCAAACAGCGAUAACGGUUGUUUGGCUGGUAAGCAGCUUAUUUCCAGUCUCACUAGUAAAAAUCAAGCUGUAAAUGAGAAUUCAGCCAAAGAGUCAGUCACUUGUGUGAAAACAACUGAAGAAACGAUAGAUUAUGCCAAAAUAGCCACAAUUUUACUAUCAGAAGACGAGGAAGAAACUGAAAUUGCACAAGCAGCUGAAACACACGAAGAUGAAACCUCCAAAAAUAUAGCCAAUUCUAAUGGGAAUAAAAUUAAUGGUGACAUACAAAUUUUGUCGAACAUACGUCGACCCAAUAUUUAUGAGAUACGUGCACACCAAAGACGACUGCGCGAACUCGCUGCAGCUAAAAAGGCUAAACGCGCUAAGAUUGCGGAAACGGAUACUAUAAAACAAAAUGCAGCGCAAAAUAUUACUAAAGUGGUUGUGCCAGUUUCGGAACUGGUCACCAAAGGCAUACAGAAGAACACGACAACAACAACAACCGCUGCAGAAAAUAAUGAAGGUGUUGAUUUGGAAGUGAAAAGCGUCGAAGCAAAAAUUCAACAGGAUAAAAACACGCAUAAAAACUCACCACAGUUAAGCGCUGGAAUUAGUGCCGAUACAAAUGUCAUUACACUUAAUAAUGAAACCACUACAGUAGUGAGUAUUUCAGAUGCAACUAAAAUCGCUGACCAGGAAAGCAUAGAAACCUUGAAGUUGGUGGAUAAAAAUGUUGCGCCGCAUUUGGAAGCGAAUACAGAAGCUACGAAUAAUGAUAAUUCGGUUGCAAAUGAUGAUGUACUGAAGGUUGAUACAUCGAAGCAAGUUAAGUCUGAUGCUCUAGAUAUUAAACGCCAAAAUGAAACUGAGGAAUCUAUAAGUUCAAAUAAUACUGAAAGAUCCGAACUGGUUCUAAAUGAAACAGAGGAUAUUAAUGUAAUAGACACUGCGAAAACGACAGAGAAUGUCGAGCAAAUGACCACCGCAAAGACCAUUUUAAAUAACGCUAUUAGUGAUGCAUUGGAGACUGCUGAGCUUAUAGUAGAAAAGGCGGUUGUGCAAAAUGAAACGAAAUCAACAGAAAUUGCAAAUAAAACGGAUAUAACAUCAGCUGAGUGUGCAGCAACUAAUAUCAACAAUAAAAAGAAUGAAUCUGGCGGUUUGUCUUUGAGGCUCACUACUGUGACCCCGAACAACGAUAAGCUAGAUACGGAUUUGUUGACAAACGACAGUGAACGGAAUAAAUCAAUAGGAGAAUCCAUAGAAAAUAUUAAAGAAACACAGGAACUUGAUGAGAGUAACAACGGAAUUUCGCAGACCAAUAAGGCUUCCGAAAAUAUCGCACUUGUAGAAGAAGAGUCAGCUCAGCUUACGAACCAUCUGUUACAAAAUAGUCCAAUGAAUAUUGAAGAAAAAGAAUCAUGCAAGCAAAAUGUAAUUGCUCAGCAGAAAGAAAUUACGGAAGUUAAAGAAAAUGAUGAGCAAAAAGUAGGUAUUACAGACGAAGAGAAUAUGCAAGCAACUGAAAAACUGCUUGAAGCUGUAAAUACUGCAAAUGAAACUACGAUUGAAGUAAAAGUUGUGUCUGAGAAUACUGAGAGUAACUGUGAUUCAGUGUUAAGUGGAGAGAAGAGCGACGGAAAUAACCAUGAAAGUAGUGAAGCAAUUACAGAGCAAAAACCAAUUGCACGAAGUGUGGUUCCCGUACAAAAAGUUGUCUCUCAGCCGGCAGUAUAUAAAUCAGAAGAAUUGCUUGACUCUAAAGACACUACAAAUGAAAGUUCCAGCGAAACUGAAAAUGAUAUAACGAAAAGCAGCGAAGUACCUGCUACAACAAACACAAUUAUAAAUGAAACUGAAAGAAGUGCCGAUUGCAACAGAAAUGUGGAACGUAAUGGUGCGGUUAUUGAUAAGACAGAGAGUACUGAACCCAACGGUAUUCCUGCAGAAUCCGCAAUUGCAGAAAGCACGACUGAAAAUGGUAGUGAUCCUGUUAUUGAGAAGUCGGAGAGUGUAAAAUGUAACGGUAUUUCCGAAGAAUUCUCAAUUGCAGAAAACACGACUGAAAAUGGUAGUGGUCCCAUUAUUGAAAAGUCGGAGUGUACAAAACACAACGGUAUUUCUGAAGAAUCUUUAAUUACAGAAAGUACGGCAGAGAGUGGCAGUGGUUCUGUUUUUGAGAAGUCGGAGAGUAAAAAAUCCGCAAUUGCAGAAAGCACGACAGAGAAUGGUAGUGGUUCUAUAAUGGAAGAGACGGUGUGCACAAAACACAAAGGUGCUACUGAAGAAACCGCAAUUGCAGAAGGCUCAACCGCUCUCGACGAAAGUGCGCUGCGUAAGACCGAAGCUGCGGUGUCUUAUUUAGUUAACAACAUGGACAAGCCGACCAAUAACUUCAAAGAUGGAAAUGAAAAAAUAACGGAAGUUCAAAAUGUAUCCAACACAGAGGCAAAGAGUGCGGUGGAAUCAAAAAUAGUUGAGAAACAAUCUAAGGCAGCCGAUAACCAACGGAAUAAAAAUUCAAAAAGUAAAGCGAAAGAACUUCCGAAUACCGUAAAUAAUUCCCCCGAACGUAACGUGCUUAUUGAGAAUAUGAAGCGCUCCGAAGUUUUGUGGAAAUUUAAAAUACCUAAAAUUUCUGCGAAAAGGAAGAGAGAAGAGAGCGUCGAUGGUAGUAGUGCGAAGAGAGAAGAGAGUGUCGAUAGUGCAAAAGAGAGUAAGAACGCAGGCACUGACGUAGUUCAAAAAGACAAACUUUCUAUUAAAGCAGAAGAACCAAUAAUUCCAUAUAAGAAGAAGAAGAAUGAAAAGUUAAUACCAAAACAAGUGCAAGAGGAAACAAAGAUGCUUGAGAUCAAUGGAAAUAUAGACAAGAAUCUAUUAGAAACAAAAACGCUAUUCGAGAACCAAAAGAAAAGUGAGCGUAUCAUAAAAGAAAUCGACAACUGGGCAAGAAGGAAGGUGGGUGAGACAACGGAAAAUUUCGAAACAGAAAAUCAAAUAGAAUAUACGCAAGCACACAAAAUCUCCUCUACCAACAAACACGAAACUGUGGAAAAGACACAGAGUAAAGAUGAAAUACACACAAUACAAAAGACUGAUGAGCACAAGGCACACAUAGAUAAAAAUAGUGAAAGUACUACGAAUGAUGCCAAAUGCGUCACCGCAAAACAACAGGAUCAAAAUAAGCGGCCAACAGAAGAGAGAAGUACGCGUGAGCGCAGUAGUGAGAAGAGAGAUCAAACACAACUGUUAAAGGGACAGAACACAAAAAUUCAAGAGCGCCGAAAGAGUCAAACAAAAGUAGAGCACGACGAACACUCACAAGGCACGAAACCUCGAAACCGAAAUGUGGAAAUCCAUAAGGAAAAGAGUCAAAAAAGUGACGAAAUGGCAGCUAAAUGUGGGCAAAGGAUUGUUACAAAGGCGCAGCGUGGUGAAUUAAAAACACUAAAGGUAGAAAUUAGUGUAAAAGCAAAUAAUACCGUUAAAAAGGCGCUUGGAAGUCAUGAAUUAGAAGAGAAAUCUAAGAAUUCUUCCGAAAGGCAUCUUCAAAAUGAAAAUGCCGUUCAGAAAGCGCUUGAAAGUUUGAAAUUUUCCACUAAGGAACACCUAACCUCUAAAUCACAGACCGCAGUAGCUACAGUUUCCAGCGAAAUAAAGACUGUAAAAUGUGAUAUCUCAAAAGGGUCGGCAGACGAUUUAAACCAGAAGAAAGUAAGCAAUAAAAAUUAUUCCGUUGCGAAGAAAAAAUCAACUGAGAAGGAACUGAACGAAGCAGACGCUGAUAACCACGUAAAGCGCGCCAAAACUGAUAUCGGUGGGGGUAAAAAAGAAAAUGUACAAAAACUAACGGAAAAAGAAGUUACUACUACCGAAGAGAUGCAAGUUGCAAGCGAUUCCCAUGCAGAAACAACAAAUGAUCAUCAAAGAAUCGCAACCGCAUUUAACCAGACACCGAAGCGUCGGAAAACAAGUACAAGCAGCGAUGAUUCGGAAGUUAUGUCCAAAUCGCAACGACGCAAACGCUUCAAAAUGCGUAUUGAAGACAGCGAUGACGAUGAGGAGUAUGCAACGCACUCUCCGCCUACUGCAGUGCCGGAACCAACAGAGUCGCAAGUUGAUGUGGCACGAAAAAAUAAAGAUAUUAUCGAUAUACUGCAAAAUGAUCGAGCCAAUGAAUCGAACGACAAUCUGCCUGCGCCUCAAACACCGACCUCACUACCGAUGAACGUCAGUCAGGAUGACGAAUAUGAAGAAAUCGAUUCGCGUAUGCAAUUAAUGUUCGCUUCGCCCAAAAUUGCAGACAAAACGUCGUCCAGCAAUUCGCUUGCAGUCGCCAAUCAGCUCAAGACUCAAUUACUGCAGUCUAGUUUGAGGGAUAGUGCAGUUGUAGCGACUGUUACUUGCGCUGUUUCGCCCAAAAUAGCAGACAAAAAGUCGUCUACCGAUCAACUGGUAGUCGAAAACCCGAUUAAGCAGCCAAUUUUGGAGGAUCGUGCAGUUGUAACGGGACCCCCUUCGCCCAAACCUGCAUCUAAAGCAUCGUUUGAACAUCCGGCUGUCGCCAAACCGAUUACAUCCCAACUAACGCAGCCAAUUUUGGAUGAUCCUGCAGUUGUAACGGGACCCCCUACGCCCAAACCUGCACAUAAAGUGUCUUCUGCUGACCCGCUUGUCGCAAACCCGAUUAAAUCCCCACUAACGGCGCCAAUUUUGGACGAUCAUGCAGUUGUAAUGGACGUAACUGGUACCGAAGCACCAAUCGGUAUUGACUUACCUAUUAUUGAAAGACCUGCUUUCGACGCGAAACCACCCGCUGAUUUCAAUGUAACGGACAGUUUCCUCAGCGACAUCAGCAACAACUCUUUCCUCGCAACCGAUAUGAAUGUAACCAUAGAUGAAACCAAUCAUACCAACACCUCGCUCAGCGAUAGCAGUUUGAGUACGAAGCACAUUUCGCUCGGUUCGAGUGAUUACCGUUUUGAAAAGGUUUCGGAGAAUGUUGUGAACCUGUUUAUAACGCGUAAACGUCGCGGCAAGCGAAAGCCAACUGCCACAAUAACAACAAAUACAGUAUCGGCAACUUAGCUUGUAAACACACCACGAAUGUUGUAUAUUCGAAUAUAUAUACUAUAUAUAUA